CUUAGUUUAUGUCACCUUGCUUCUCAUGCGCACUUAGAGAAUUAAGAGUUUGACAAACCUGUAAUAAGAUACCGAUACCAUCCUUUUCUUUUCGGACCCGUACAAUCACAUGAAUUAACUCCCUCUUAGAAUUGGAGUUCUGGAGUUCUGAAGUCUGACCUGCAACCAGAACUAGUCAGAAAUCCUUCAGUUCAAAGACCCAGUUCAGGCUUAAUCCUGUUUGGGAGUCUAUAUACAAUGAGAGUUUCUCUGCCAGGUAUCUUCAUUUUGCUUCAUGGUUUCCCUGUAUAAUCACAUGAAUUAACUCCCUCUUAGUAUUGGAGUUCUGGAGUUCUGAAGUCUGACCUGCAACCAGAACCAGUCAGAAAUCAUUCAGUUCAGAAGACCCAGUUCAGGCUUAAUCCUGUUUGGGAGUCUACAUACCAUGAGGUUUUCUCUGCUAGGUAUCUUCAUUUGCUUCAUGGUUUCCAUGACCCAAUUAGUAAGUAUUCAUACUUCUCAAGUGGGCAAGUACUACCCAUAUGAAAGAGAUGCUCUCAUUCCACUGAGGGAUUCCCUCAAUUCUACAUUGAAUCUACACUCAAAUUGGACAGGCCCUCCUUGCUAUGGUGAUAAAAGCAAGUGGGUUGGUAUUGCCUGUUCUGAUUGGCAUGUAGUUGAGAUCGUCCUGGAGGGAAUUCAGUUAACUGGUUCUCUUCCACCUUCAUUUCCACAAAGUAUUACUCUGUUAAGGAAGCUUAACUUGGCAAACAAUUCACUUGUUGGUCCUCUUCCCAAUCUCACAAACCUUGUGAACCUGCAAUUCAUCUUCCUCUCGCAUAACCGAUUAUCAGGUUCAAUCCCACUCGGCCUUGUUAAGUUGCCAGCUUUAGCAGGGCUAGAGCUGCAAGAGAAUCGUCUCACAGGCCAUAUCCCACCUUUUGAUCAGCCAUCUCUAAGGAAUUUCAAUGUCUCAGGCAACCUUCUUGAAGGCUCAGUUCCUGAAACUCCCACUCUUCAGAGGUUCUCCAAGAGUUCUUAUGAUCAUAACUUAGAAUUGUGUGGGAAGCCUUUGGAUGGACCAUGCCCUGUUGUUCCUCCUGCUCCACCAGUUGAACCUUCAGCUCCUCCUAAUCCAAGCCAUCCGGUUCCGUCCAAGGGCAAAAACAAGACUCUGAAAGCAUGGAUUAUUACUUUGGUUAUAGUAGCAGCGGUGUCAGUUCCUUUGCUUGUCAUGCUUGUUUUUUUGUGUUACCAGAGGAGGCAUGGAAAGGGAACAAAAGGAGAGCACUCAGGAGAGGAUUUUGUGGAAACAGUAGAAAAGAAAAAGCAGAGUGCAGGAAGCACAGAAGAUACUGAGAGAGCAUUGGAUCUGGAGUUUUUUGACAAAGAAAGAGCAACAUUUGACCUAGAUGAUCUGUUAAGGUCUUCUGCGGAAUUGUUGGGCAAGGGAAACUUAGGAAUCACUUACAAAGCAAGACUGGACACACGGUCCACAGUAACUGUGAAAAGACUAAAGGAGACGAAUGUGUUAAGCAAGAAGGAAUUUCUUCAAGGGAUGCAGUUGCUAGGAAAAAUGAGACAUGACAACCUAGUAGAGCUCAUCUCUCUGUACUACUCCAAGGAUGAGAAGCUGGUUAUCUAUGAAUACAUCCCUCAUGGGAGCUUGUAUCAUCUUUUACAUGACAACAGAGGAGAAAGAAGGGUAGUAGCUUUGAAUUGGAGGAGAAGGCUUUCAAUAGUGGAAGGAAUAGCCAAGGGUCUGACUUACCUUCAUGAAUGCUUGCCUUCUCACAGUGUGCCCCAUGCAAACCUUAAGUCCUCCAACAUUCUCAUCAUUUACAACAACCAGAAUUAUCAACCUAAGCUAACAGACUUCGGCUUCCUUCCAUUCCUCCCUCGGAGAUACUCUGAAAAACUCUCCAUCAGAAUGUCACCAGAAUUCUCACAGAACAAAAAACUGACCCACAAGAUUGACGUAUACUGCUUUGGCAUUGUGUUACUGGAGAUCAUAACAGGACUAAGUCCAGGUGAGUUCUCAAAGGGAAAUGAUGAUACAACAGGUGAUCUUUCAGACCAGGUGCGGGCAGCAGUUAGCCAUGAAUGGUCCACAGAUAUACUGGACAUGGAGCUGCUAUCUGCAAAAGAUGGUCAUGAUGAGAUGCUGCAUCUUAUAGAGAUAGCUCUUGAGUGUACAGCAAUGGAACCAGAGGACCGACCGAAUAUGACUGAAGUGUUGAGAAGGAUUGAAAAGAUUCACAAAGGGAGAGAUACAUAAAGCAGAAGAUGUGAAAUCAUAUUAGUUCAACCUUUCUGGGAAGAACCUUGCUUGAUUGCCUAUGAAAGACAAAACAGUUGAUUCAGUUUGUUUGCCUUGUAUCUAUGUAAAGAGCCAAGAAUCAUGGUUGACUUCACUACUUGGUUUUCUUUAUGCUUCUGUGAAAUUCUCUGCAAGGCCUGUUUUGUGCGCUGGCAGUGUAACAGUGAGAUAAAUUGAAUGAGUAUUUACAUACCCACAGUGGUCUACAAUUUUCCUUCAUUUCAAUUUUAGGCUACCCUCCUUCUCUGUUAAAUAAUCAAGAUUUUACGUUCUUUGCA